UGCACAAGGAGAAGCAACACAGAAGAUACCAAUAGCCUCCUGAAACUCGCAAGAGUGGACACUCCAGUGUUGACCACCUAAGAUACUGCUUCAAAGAGGACAACUCCCUUGUCAUUCUGACUCCUGGACUUACACUAUACCCCAGAGAUGGAGCAACUACUAGGAGUAAAACUUGGUUGCCUGUUUGCCCUGUUGGCUCUCACUCUGGGCUGUGGCCUUAUUCCUAUCUGCUUCAAAUGGUUCCAGAUUGAUGCAGCCGGAGGUCAUCGCAGGCGGGUCCUCAGACUCCUGGGCUGUAUUUCUGCUGGUGUUUUCCUGGGAGCAGGGUUCAUGCACAUGACUGCUGAAGCCCUGGAAGAAAUUGAAUCACAGAUCCAGAAGUUCAUUGUGCAGAACAGAUCAGCAAGUGAGGGAAAUUCUUCUGGUGAUGCCAAUUCAGCUCAGACGGAGUAUCCCUAUGGAGAGCUCAUCAUCUCCCUGGGCUUCUUUUUUGUCUUCUUUUUGGAGUCACUGGCAUUGCAGUGCUGUCCUGGGGCUGCUGGAGGAUCAACAGUGCAGGAGGAAGAAUGGGGUGGGGCUCAUAUCUUCGAACUCCACAGCCAUGGACAUAUACCCUCACCCUCAAAGAGUCCCCUGCGAGCCCUUGUCCUCUUGCUCUCACUCUCCUUUCACUCAGUGUUUGAAGGGCUAGCUGUGGGGCUGCAGCCGACAGUAGCAGCUACCGUGCAGCUCUGCCUUGCGGUCCUGGCUCAUAAGGGGCUUGUGGUAUUUGGUGUAGGAAUGCGGCUGGUGCAGUUAGGUACUAGAUCACGAUGGGCUGUGUUCUCCAUACUAUUAUUAGCUCUCAUGUCUCCCCUAGGUCUAGCCAUAGGGCUGGCUGUGACUGGAGGGGACUCUGAAGGAGGAUGGGGCUUAGCCCAGGCUGUGUUAGAGGGUGUGGCAGCUGGCACCUUCCUGUAUGUCACCUUCCUAGAAAUUCUUCCACGGGAGCUAGCUAGUCCUGAGGCCCCUCUAACUAAGUGGAGCUGUGUAGCCGCUGGUUUUGCCUUCAUGGCCUUUAUUGCCUUAUGGGCGUGAGAGAGUCCUGGCUUUUCUGAUGGACCUACUUACGAUGCGAUGACCUCUUUAUCCCCAGGGACACCUCCCAAAUGGCUUUGACCCUCAGACAUUUCUUUACUGAGACUAAAUAACAUUCAAUAGAAUUGGACUGGACCCCAGCUUUCCUUUACCUGAGAUCCCAUUUCUCACCCAGGACUGAGAAAAAGAUAUUUAGGUUGAGCAGCUAUGAAUUGGAGCAUUGGUACAGAGACCCUUCAGGUUCUGUUCUUGUCCAUUUAUGCUACUGUGUGUAAUAAAAUGCCCAUUUUUCCCUC